CCUUGAACGAUGUUAGAUCAUAUGCAUGCUUGUGAUCCCAUUAAGUUCAUGAUCAAAUCAUCUCCUCCUGGGACCGAGUCCACUUGUAGCUGCUUUAUAGAAGCGGCCUCUUCGCACUUCAGAAUAGCCAAAUCGUUGUUGAAUACUUUGCGCAUUAUGUUCAGUGGGCUGACCUAAAUUUGGUGUCAAUUCGUGGAUGCUGAAAGUGAGAUGGGUCCAUUGUCAAUUUACCUCGGCAUGUUCAGCCUCUAGCAACUCCUCAAUUGAAUAUCC